GGUGCCGGGGCUAGGGGACUCAGACUUCCUGUCCCCAAGGCCGACGCGUGCGGCCGGACCCCUCCCCCGCCGCCGGAGCUGGACGCCCGGGUCCGCCGCGUCCGAGCGCGGCUCACGCUGGAUUAUGUCUCGGAUCGAAUCCCUCACGCGCGCACGGAUCGAGCGGAGCAAGGAGCUGGCGACCAAGACCCGGGAAAAGGAGAAGAUGAAGGAAGCCAAGGAUGCUCGCUAUACCAACGGCCACCUCUUCACCACCAUCUCGGUCGGUAUGACCAUGUGCUAUGCCUGUAACAAGAGCAUCACAGCCAAGGAAGCCCUCAUCUGCCCAACCUGCAAUGUGACUAUCCACAACCGCUGUAAAGACACCCUGGCCAACUGUACCAAGGUCAAGCAGAAGCAACAGAAAGCUGCUCUACUGAAGAACAAUACCGCCUUGCAGUCUGUCUCCCUUCGAAGUAAGACAACCACCAGAGAGCGGCCAACCUCUGCUAUCUACCCUUCGGACAGCUUCCGGCAGUCCCUCCUAGGUUCUCGGCGUGGCCGCUCCUCCUUGUCUUUGGCCAAGAGUGUUUCCACCACCAACAUUGCUGGACAUUUCAAUGAUGAGUCUCCCCUGGGGCUGCGUCGGAUCCUCUCCCAGUCCACAGACUCCCUCAACAUGCGGAACCGAACCCUGUCCGUGGAAUCCCUUAUUGAUGAAGGUGCUGAAGUGAUCUACAAUGAACUGAUGAGUGACUUUGAGAUGGAUGAGAAGGACUUUGCAGCAGAUUCAUGGAGCCUUGCCGUGGACAGCAGCUUCCUGCAGCAGCAUAAAAAGGAAGUGAUGAAGCAGCAGGACGUCAUCUACGAGCUGAUCCAGACAGAGCUGCACCACGUGAGAACACUGAAGAUCAUGACCCGCCUCUUUCGCACUGGGAUGCUGGAAGAGUUGCAGCUGGAGCCAGGAGUAGUCCAGGGCCUGUUCCCUUGCGUGGACGAGCUUAGUGACAUUCAUACACGCUUCCUCAGCCAGCUGCUGGAACGCCGGCGCCAGGCCCUGUGUCCAGGCAGCACCCGGAACUUUGUCAUCCAGCGUUUGGGUGACUUGCUCAUCAGCCAGUUCUCAGGUUCCAAUGCGGAGCAGAUGCGCAAGACCUACUCAGAGUUCUGCAGCCGCCACACCAAGGCCUUAAAACUCUAUAAGGAGCUGUACGCGCGAGACAAACGCUUCCAGCAGUUCAUCCGGAAAGUGACCCGCUCAGCUGUGUUGAAGCGCCAUGGGGUUCAGGAGUGCAUUCUGCUGGUGACUCAGCGGAUCACCAAAUAUCCAGUGCUCAUCAACCGGAUCCUCCAGCAUUCUCACGGGAUUGAGGAAGAGCACCAAGACCUGACCGCAGCGCUAGGCCUGGUGAAGGAGCUGCUGUCCAAUGUGGACCAGGACGUGCACGAGCUGGAGAAAGGGGCCCGCCUGCAGGAGAUCUACAACCGAAUGGACCCUCGGGCCCAGACCCCUGUGCCUGGCAAGGGCCCUUUCGGCCGAGAGGAGCUUCUGCGUCGAAAACUCAUCCACGAUGGCUGCCUGCUCUGGAAGACAGCCACAGGUCGCUUCAAAGAUGUGCUGAUGCUGCUGAUGACAGAUGUGCUCGUGUUUCUCCAGGAAAAGGACCAGAAGUACAUCUUUCCUGCCCUGGACAAGCCCUCGGUGGUAUCCUUACAGAAUCUGAUCGUAAGAGACAUUGCCAACCAGGCGAAAGGGAUGUUUUUGAUUAGUGCCGCCCCGCCCGAGAUGUAUGAGGUGCACACAGCGUCCCGAGAUGACCGUAGUACCUGGAUCCGUGUCAUUCAGCAGAGCGUGCGCGUAUGCCCAUCUAGGGAGGACUUCCCUCUGAUCGAGACGGAGGAUGAGGCCUACCUGCGGAGGAUUAAGAUGGAGCUUCAGCAGAAGGACCGGGCGCUGGUGGAGCUGCUACAGGAGAAGGUUGGGCUGUUUGCUGAGAUGACCCACUUCCAGGCAGAAGAAGAUGGUGUUAGUGGGAGGCCCCUGCCCGCCCUGCCCAGGGGCCUCUUCCGUUCUGAGUCCCUUGAGUCUCCUCGAGGCGAGCGGCUAUUGCGAGAUGCCAUCCGUGAAGUGGAAAGUCUGAAAGACUUACUGGUGGGCCCUGGUGCUGACCUGCUUUUGACACCCCGAGAACCAGCUUUACCUUUGGAAUCUGAGGGUGGUAACACCAGUCCUGGGGUCACUGCCAAUGGAGAGGCCAGAACCUUCAAUGGCUCCAUUGAGCUCUGUAGAGCAGACUCUGAUUCCAGCCAAAAGGAUCGGAACGGAAAUCAGUUGAGGUCACCCCAGGAGGAGGCCUUACAGCGAUUGGUCAAUCUCUAUGGACUUCUACAUGGCCUUCAGGCUGCUGUCGCUCAGCAGGACACUUUGAUGGAAGCCCGAUUCCCUGAGGGUCCUGAACGGUGGGAAAAGCUAUCUCGAGCCAACUCUCGGGACGGUGACGCCGGCCACGCCGGCCGGGCUGUGGCUGCUCCUGUGGCUCCCGAGAAGCAGGCCACAGAGCUGGCCCUGUUGCAGCGGCAACACACCCUGCUUCAGGAAGAGCUGCGGCGCUGCCGGCGCCUGGGGGAGGAGAGGGCCACUGAAGCCGGCAGCCUGGAGGCCCGGCUCCGAGAGAGCGAGCAAGCCCGGGCCCUCCUGGAGCGGGAGGCUGAGGAGGCCCGCCGACAGCUGGCAGCCUUGGGCCAAAAUGAGCCACUUCCAGCGGAGGCCCCCUGGGCACGCAGGCCCCUGGACCCUCGGCGCCGCAGCCUUCCAGCAGGCGAUGCUCUGUAUUUGAGCUUCAAUCCCCCUCAGCCCAGUCGAGGCCAUGAUCGCCUGGACUUGCCUGUGACUGUUCGUUCCCUCCACCGACCCUUCGAAGACCGAGAGAGGCAGGAGCUUGGUAGCCCCGAGGAGCGGCUGCAGGACAGCAGUGACCCUGACACUGGCAGUGAGGAGGAGGGCAGUAGCCGCUUGUCUCCACCCCACAGUCCACGAGACUUCACCCGAAUGCAGGACAUCCCUGAGGAGACAGAAAGCCGAGACGGCGAGCCUACGGCUUCAGACAGCUAAGGGGACCCCACCCCCUUCCUGGUGCCCCACUGAAGAAGAGUAAAGGGGGCAAACCUUGGGAACUCCAUCUGCCAAUAAUGAGGGGAUCUUGAAAGAACUGCUGACUGUCCUUACCAGCUCCUGGGAUCCUUGGAUACCUGGGGCCACGUGGGACUGGGGAUUUAGAGGCCACAGCACCCCUGGUGGCAUCCAAGAGCUACACCACAGAUGCCAAUUUUUCAUGCCUUCUUCCCUCUACUUAGGAAAAAUUAUUUAUUUAUUGUUUAUUGGUUGUGGGGGGAGGGUGAGAUUUUAAGGACCAGGGACAUGGGAACCAAGCCAUAGGGACCAGAGGGCCCUUCCUUCAGCACCACUGGGGUAUGCUUAGGCUCAGCCACACCGCUGUUGGCUCCAGCCUGACACGCACUCCAGCGAUACCCAUCUGUGGCCACAGAACCUACUGCCCCUUUGAGGAGGGCUGUGGGUAGGAUCGUGUCCCUUGCCCCACUCUCCUCAGCCUCCUCCUGCUGUUCUUCCUUCUCUUCAUCCUCCAUGGAAACUGGCUCCUUGGAGUUGAUGGAGUGGAGGCUAGGGUGGCCAUGAUGUAUUGGGGUAGGGGAGGAAAAACCCACAGGGACCAGAAUGUUUUGGUUUUGUUUUCUUUUCUUUUUUGUACCAAAGCCAACUGCACGUGUUUUAUAUUUUUAAAAGAAGAUUGUAGGCACUUCUA